UUUAUCGAGUAGUUGUCCAUUGUAAUUUGAAUUUUGAUUCUUAUUUCUAAUUCCUUUCUCUUCUAUAGAGAAGGCCUAUUAGCUCAGUUGGUUAGAGCGUCGUGCUAAUAACGCGAAGGUCGCGGGUUCGAUCCCCCCAUGGGCCAAAUUUUUUUUUCUUUUUCAGUUAAAAAAGAUUAAAGUUUACACAACGAUGUUACGAAAUCCCAUAAAUAGACAGAAUGUACGAUCGUAGUAUGUUAAAGAUGUAGCAAUGUCUAAGACUAUGUAAAGUACCUAAGUAGGGUACUUGCAUGUUUAUAAAUUAUCUUAUCUCUUAGCAAGCGGUGUAUCCAUUUAACCUCUCGAUAAAAAUGGAAGAUCGCUCUGUUUAUGUGUAUUUAUCUUUUUCGUUAUUUGACGUGAACACACUAAGGAAUAAACAAGACAAAAUUGAACGAUAUUGAUCAUUACUGAACUGAACUUGUUACAGAAUUAGAACAUGCUUCUAUUUGAAAAAGUAAUUGCUCCUGCUUCGCAUAAGUUAAUUGCAAAUACACGGAACAUGCAGGUCCUAAGAAUUUCAACAAAUAGAUUCGAUAAGAUUCUAAUUGCGAACAGAGGUGAAAUAGCAUGCAGAGUUGCAAGAACUGCCAAGAGGCUGGGAAUUCAAACUGUGGCCGUGUAUAGCGAGGCGGACAAAAAUUCCAUGCACGUAGAACAAGCAGACGAAGCCCAUUGCAUUGGUCCAGCACCUUCUAGUCAGAGUUAUCUGCGGCAAGAUAAGAUUAUGAGUGUAGCAAAAAAGUCAAAAUGUCAGGCAAUACACCCUGGUUACGGAUUCCUUUCAGAAAAUGCAGAAUUUGCAGAACUUUGCGAGAAAGAAAACAUUACGUUUAUUGGACCAUCUGCAAGUGCUAUUAGAAAUAUGGGAAUGAAGAAUACGUCAAAGGCUAUAAUGAUGGAAGCUGGAGUUCCUGUUAUAGCUGGAUAUCAUGGAGACGACCAGUCUAAUGAAACGUUACAGCUGAAAGCAAAAGCGAUAGGUUUUCCGUUAAUGAUUAAAGCUGUACGCGGUGGAGGCGGAAAGGGAAUGAGAAUCGUUUUCGAGGAAUCGAAGUUUAUCGAAGCCUUGGAAGCCGCGAGAACCGAAUCCGAGAAAGCAUUCGGCGAUGCAGCGGUUUUGCUCGAACGUUAUAUUCCUGAAUCGAGACACGUCGAGGUGCAAGUUUUUGGAGAUAAACACGGAAAUGUUGUUCACAUGUUCGAAAGGGAUUGUUCUGUUCAAAGGAGACAUCAAAAGAUUAUCGAGGAAGCUCCCGCGCCUGAAAUCUCGGCGGACGUAAGAUCGAAUUUAGGUAUGACAGCAGUUAAAGCCGCCAAAGCGGUAGGGUACGUUGGCGCAGGUACCGUGGAAUUUAUAAUGGAUCGUACCGGAGAUAGUUUUCAUUUCAUGGAGAUGAAUACUCGUCUUCAAGUGGAACAUCCAAUUACCGAAGCAAUUACCGGCUUGGAUUUAGUUGAAUGGCAAUUACGAGUUGCAGCAGGAGAAGAACUUCCAUUGAAACAGGAACAAAUCCUACUUACCGGACAUGCAUUCGAGGCAAGAAUUUACGCCGAGAGUCCAAGGAAUGGUUUCCUGCCAGGAGCUGGGCAGCUGUUGUACCUGAAGACACCAAACGAUCUGACGAAAGCAAUUAGGGUUGAUACCGGAGUCCGUGAAAACGAUCAGGUUUCGGUACAUUACGAUCCGAUGAUCGCGAAACUGAUCGUUUGGGGAAACGAUAGAGCAGAAGCGUUAGCCGUACUGAGGUCGCAACUAAGCGAAUAUAAUAUAGCCGGGCUAGACACUAACAUAGAAUUCAUAAAGGAUUUAUGUUCUCAUCCUAGUUUCCAGCGGGGUCAGGUAUACACAGGAUUCAUAAAAGAACAUUUCGAAGAAUUGUUUCCAAAAUUAUGCGUUCCAAAGGCGGUAACGUUGCAGGCUGUUCUCGCUUCGAUAUUACACGAAGACCUAUUCUCGUUACAACAUUCGCUCACAACUAACGACCCUUUCAGUCCUUUUGCUACAGAAACUGGAUCAAGGUUAAACCAUACCCUAACGCGAACCUACCGUUUUAAUGUUCACGAUAAUGAUAUCGAUAUCGAAGUAAAAUACGUCGAGCCUGAAGUUUAUUCUAUGAGGUUAAAUAAAAUUGGUCCUUGGACGAAGGUAACAGGCACGUUGAAAAGAAAAAAGAACUCGUUAGAAUUAUGCACUGAAAUCGACGGUAAAAUCACCAGGACAUCGGUAAAAAAAAUUCAAAACAAGUUAUAUUUAUUUACCAAGGAGCGAGAGUGGCAAUUCAGUAUACCAACUAUGAAAUUCCUUUCCAACGUUGCGAGCAACGAUUUCGAGGUGGAUCCAUACAAGGCGCUAAGUCCUAUGCCAGGUUUCGUAGAAAAAGUGUUUGUUGCGAAAGGAGAUUUUGUUAAAACCGGGGAUUCCCUACUCGUUAUUACUGCUAUGAAGAUGGAACACACCGUCAAAGCGUCCAUAAAUGGAACAGUUGAGAAUGUUUUGUGUUCAAGAGGUGAAAACGUGCCGAAGAAUAAGCUUCUCGUUAAAUUAACCGAAUCUGCAUCUUGAUGUAUAAAAAUUAUAUAAAAUCUGUUAUUUUCUUUA